AUGUUAAUACCAAAGCCACCCCACAAAUUCAAUAACCUACUUGAACUCGUUCAAGCCUAUAGUGUUUUCCAAAAGACACCCGAUUGCUGGGAAUUCGGCUACAAUAAUGGAAGAGACUGGGAGAAACUGGGCAUGGUUACCGCUCACCAUGCCAAACUUCUCCAGGAGUUGGAAACGGAAUUGAAAAGAUAUCUUUCGUUCGAAACAAUACAGAAGCGUAUUCAACUGAAUCCGGGCAAUAUGAAGGAUUCGGAGACUUUCGUCAAUGCAAUGAAAGCUAUCCGGGAGAUCCUUGCGCCGAAAAACAAUAACGCCAAAAACAAAUUUCCCCAAGCCGUCUGGAGUGACGAAAAGGAGAUGUGGCCCUUGUACGGUGCCGGUGACUUAACUGGUUUCAUAUGUGGUUUGUCUCCCAUCUUCGGCAUCGUGACCACUGGCGUUCAUCUGAAUCUCUACAAACCCGACGGAGAUGAUCCGGAAAAAUAUACAAUUUAUGUUGCAAGACGUUCGGACGAGAAGUCGACCUUUCCCGGCGCAUACGAUCAGUGCGCUGCUGGAGGCUAUCAGUACUCAAACGCUUCCUACGGCUUAUUCAACGACAAGUCUGCAAGAGAAUGUCUUGGACGGGAAGUGAAAGAGGAACUGACUACUAGUCUAUCAGCUGGGUGGCUCAAAGAAGCUACGUCAGCGCCUCCUAUUCAGUAUGCGUUCGUCCGGGAUGAACGGUGGGGAGAAGCCUUUAUUAAUGCCCCUGAGUUUGGCGUCAAAAUUCCGUUCGACCUGGAAGUGGCGGUGGAUCCCGUAUUCAAGCUCAAUCCACAAGAAGUCAAAAUCAUCGAGCCGAAGACAGUCAAGGAAAUCAUUGAAAUUCUUCUCCAAGACAAAUUCAAGCCCAACUCCGCACUCGUUAUGAUCGAUUUUCUGAUCCGGCAUGGAUGUCUGGAGAAGUUCGCUACGACCGAGGGAAUCCAACAGAUGAUAAAAAUCCUUCAAACACACACAGUUGUCAAUCAACUUCCUCACUGGAAUGGGAUUUAAGAGCCAAAAACACCAUGACUUGUGUCACGCUCACGCUGAGCGAGAACUCUGAUCGCAGUUGCUUGCGGCCGAAGCCCCUAGAAUACGAGCAGCCUCUCUCUCUUGAUACUUGUAUCUCUGAAAGACACUGACACAUGCCGGACUUCGACAAUCGAAGGCAAGGGCUCGCCAUGCGUGCUGCUCGUAGAAAUGUUAGGUGGAUCUUGG